AUGGAACCCCUGCGGGUGCUGGAGCUGUACAGCGGCGUGGGGGGCAUGCACCAGGCGCUGAGAGAAAGCGGUAUACCUGCACAUGUGGUGGCUGCCGUUGAUGUGAACGAUGUUGCUAAUGAAGUAUACAAGUAUAAUUUUCCUCAAACACAGUUACUAGCCAAGACAAUUGAAGGCAUUACAUUAGAAGAGUUUGACAGAUUAUCUUUCAAUAUGAUUUUAAUGAGCCCUCCUUGUCAGCCAUUCACAAGAAUUGGUCUGCAAGGUGAUGUGACUGAUCCAAGGACGAAUAGCUUCUUAUAUAUUCUAAAUAUUCUCCCAAGGUUACAAGCAUUACCGAAGUAUAUUCUUUUAGAAAAUGUUAAAGGUUUUGAAGUAUCUUCUGCAAGAGACCUGUUAAUAAAAACAAUAGAAAAUUGUGGCUUUCAGUACCAAGAAUUUCUAUUAUCACCAACCUCUCUUGGCAUUCCAAAUUCAAGGCUACGGUAUUUCCUUAUUGCAAAGCUUCAGGCAGAGCCAUUACCUUUUCAAGCUCCUGGUCAGGUACUGAUGGAGUUUCCCAAAAUGGAAUCUGAACAUCCUCAACAACAUGCAAAAGAUGCAGUAAAUAAAAUUGAAGAAAAGAAAAUUGAACCAAAUGUUUGCUUUGAUAGCAGCAGACAGUGUUCAGGAAAAGAAGGCAUUCUUUUUAAGCUUGAAACUGCAGAGGAAAUUGACCGGAAGCAUCAACAGGACAGUGAUCUCUCUGUACAAAUGCUAAAAGAUUUUCUUGAAGAUGAUAUUGACAUGAAUCAAUACUUUUUGCCACCAAAGUCAUUGCUGCGUUAUGCUCUUUUGUUUGACAUUGUUAAGCCCACUUGCAGAAGGUCCAUGUGCUUUACAAAAGGUUAUGGGAGGUACAUAGAAGGGACAGGAUCUGUAUUACAGACUGCAGAGGAUGUGCAGAUUGAGAAUAUCUACAAAUCUCUUACCAAUUUGUCACAAGAAGAAAAGAUAACAAAAUUGUUAAUGCUUAAACUUCGAUAUUUUACUCCUAAAGAAAUUGCAAAUCUGCUUGGAUUUCCUCCAGAAUUUGGAUUUCCUGAGAAUAUAACAGUGAAACAGCGUUAUCGACUACUUGGAAAUAGUCUCAACGUACAUGUAGUAGCUAAACUAAUCAAAGUACUAUAUGGAUAA